AUGCAGAGCACUUCAAAUCAUCUGUGGCUUUUAUCUGAUAUUUUAGGCCAAGGAGCUACUGCAAAUGUCUUUCGUGGAAGACAUAAGAAAACUGGUGACUUAUAUGCUAUCAAAGUGUUUAAUAACAUAAGCUUCCUUCGUCCAGUAGAUGUUCAAAUGAGAGAAUUUGAAGUGUUAAAAAAACUCAAUCACAAAAAUAUUGUCAAAUUAUUUGCUAUUGAAGAGGAGACAACAACAAGACAUAAAGUACUUAUUAUGGAAUUUUGUCCAUGCGGGAGUUUAUACACUGUUUUAGAAGAGCCAUCUAAUGCCUAUGGACUACCAGAGUCUGAAUUUUUAAUUGUUUUGCGAGAUGUGGUGGGUGGAAUGAAUCAUCUUCGAGAAAACGGCAUAGUGCACCGUGAUAUCAAGCCAGGAAAUAUCAUGCGUGUUAUAGGGGAAGACGGACAAUCUGUAUACAAACUCACUGAUUUUGGUGCAGCUAGAGAAUUAGAAGAUGAUGAGCAGUUUGUUUCUUUGUAUGGCACAGAAGAAUAUUUGCAUCCUGAUAUGUAUGAGAGGGCAGUGCUAAGAAAAGAUCAUCAGAAGAAAUAUGGAGCAACAGUUGAUCUUUGGAGCAUCGGGGUAACUUUUUACCAUGCAGCUACUGGGUCACUGCCAUUUAGGCCAUUUGAAGGGCCACGUAGGAAUAAGGAGGUGAUGUAUAAAAUAAUUACUGGAAAGCCUUCUGGUGCAAUAUCUGGAGUACAGAAAGCAGAAAAUGGACCAAUCGACUGGAGUGGAGACAUGCCUAUUUCUUGUAGUCUUUCUCGGGGUCUUCAAGUUCUACUUACCCCAGUCCUGGCAAAUAUCCUUGAGGCUGAUCAGGAAAAGUGUUGGGGUUUUGACCAGUUUUUUGCAGAAACUAGUGAUAUACUUCACCGGAUGAUAAUUCAUGUUUUCUCACUACAACAAAUGACAGCUCAUAAGAUUUAUAUUCAUAGCUAUAAUACUGCUACUGUAUUUCAUGAACUGGUGUUUAAACAAACCAAAAUUGUUUCUGCAAAUCAAGAACUUAUAUAUGAAGGACGCCGCUUAGUUCUAGAACCUGGAAGACUAGUACAGCAUUUCCCUAAGACUACUGAGGAAAAUCCUAUCUUUGUAGUAAGCCGGGAACCUCUGAAUACCAUAGGAUUGAAAUAUGAAAAAAUUUCUCUCCCUAAAGUACAUCCACGUUAUGACUUAGAUGGAGAUGCUAGCAUGGCUAAGGCAAUUACAGGAGUUGUGUGUUAUGCCUGUAGAAUUGCCAGUACCUUGCUGCUUUAUCAGGAAUUGAUGCGAAAGGGGAUACGAUGGUUGAUAGAAUUAAUUAAAGAUGAUUAUAAUGAAACUGUUCACAAAAAGACAGAAGUUGUGAUCACAUUGGAAUUCUGCCUCAGAAGCAUUCAAAGUAUGAAAGUAUAUGAAAAGUUGAAAAACAAUCUAGAAGCAACAGACUUAGAUGAAAUUUCAGACAUACAGACCAAAUUGUUAAGACUUUCCUGUUCUCGGGGAACAAUAGAAACCAGUCUUCAGGAUAUUGAAAGCAAAUUAUCUCCAGGUGGAUUGCUGUCAGAUACAUGGGCCCAUCAAGAAGGCACUCAACCAAAAGAUAGACAUGUAGAAAAGCUACAAGUCCUGUUAAAUUGGAUCACAGAGAUUUACUAUCAAUUCAAAAAAGACAAAGCAGAACGUAGAUUAGCUUAUAAUGAAGAACAGAUCCACAAAUUUGAUAAGCAAAAACUAUAUUACCAUGCAACAAAAGCAAUGACCCACUUCACAGAUGAAUGUGUUAAAAAGUACGAGACAUUUUUGGAUAAGUCAGAAGAAUGGAUGAGAAAGAUGCUUCAUCUUAAAAAGCAGUUGUUAUCCCUAACUAAUCAGUGUUUAGAUAUUGAAGAAGAAAUAUCAAAGUAUCAAGACUAUACUAAUGAGUUACAAGAAACUUUGCCUCAGAAAAUGUUUGCAGCCUCCAGUGGAAUCAAACAUACCAUGACUCCAAUUUAUCCAUGUUCUAACACAUUAGUAGAAAUGACUCUUGGUAUGAAGAAAUUAAAAGAAGAAAUGGAAGGGGUGGUUAAAGAACUUGCUGAAAAUAACCAUAUUUUAGAAAGAUUUGGCUCUUUAACCAUGGAUGGUGGCCUUCGCAAUGUUGACUGUCUUUAG